ACAAAUUCUUUUAUUUUUAUUUUAUCUAAUGUGAUGUGCUGGGAGACUGGAGCAAAAGAGGCAGAGUGAUAAACAAACAGAAAAUGUACAACAUAGUGGGCAUGAAGUUCUUAUGUUUGAUGUCGUUGUUAUCGUGGUGUUGCCAAGUACAAGGGCAAUUGCUGUCGAUCCCAGCAAAACCUGACCCCGAUGAUGCUGCUGCCUCAGCUCGUUGGUUGGUCUCUCUCAAUUUCUGGGGAGUCUUGAAUACUCUCUCAACUGAUCUCGGUGGAGCACCCUUUGGGAAUGUAGUAUCAUUUAGUGAUGGACUACCUAAUGAAGGCAGUGGCAUCCCAUACUUUUACUUGACAACUCUAGACCCAACAGCAAGAAAUGCAUUGAAAGAUGAAAAGGCUUCAUUCACAGUCAGUGAAUAUCCUCUGGGGACCUGUGGCAGGAGAGACCCACAGAACCCCACUUGUUCAAAAAUUUCUCUAACUGGAAAGCUGAAAUUGGUUGAUGAAAAGUCCAAGGAGGCCAAAUUUGCUAGAAAUGCCUUGUUUUCCAAGCAUCCAGAGAUGAAGGGCUGGCCUGGGGAUCACAACUUUCAACUCUUCAAAUUAGAAAUUGAAAAUAUAUUUCUAAUUAAUUGGUUUGGUGGCCCAAAACCACUCACAGUGGAACAAUACUUGCAUCCCAAAAUGAACAAGGUUGGUUUCAUUCUCUGAUGUUCCUCCAAUGGCUACCCUUUAUUGUGGGAUGUGAAUGCACAUAUGGUGUUCCUGGAGCAUUUGUAAAUAGAUGAAUACCGUGUUUCGAAUUGUGUAUUCCUUCUAAAUACUCUUGGGUCAUUGUUAUUACUUCCUCAUGCAAUAAGCUUUAUGAAAUCUGUAUGAUUAUGCUGUGUCAGGUACAAACUCAUCUUGGGCAACCCAUUGUGCCUAUGACAAUGAAAAGAUAGCAAUCAUUGGGUGUGCACUACCCGACAUGAAAAGAAAAAGGCCAACAGAGAACAUUGAUUAAUUACAAGUAGUUGGUAACGUUUAUAAAUAGUAGACACAUUUGAAAAUCAAUAUUGUUUCUGUGAAACAUUAGGAAUUUAGGACUUGAAAAAAAUUAUUCAGAAUGCCCUUCACCCUAAAUCUGUUGAAAUUGUGGAGAAUUUUUAUGUUUUAGGGACGUGAUAAUAUUUCCAGUUUAAUCCAAUAUACCAUGAUUUUAG